ACAUAGAGAAGUAGCAACACAGACUCGCUUCUGGCACAUUACUGGUCACCAGUAAACUCCCAGACACCAUGGUGCAUUUUACUGCUGAGGAGAAGGUUGCUGUUGUUAGCCUGUGGGCCAAGGUGAACGUGGAGUUGGUUGGAGGCGAGGUCCUGGGAAGGCUCCUGGUUGUUUAUCCAUGGACCCAGAGGUUCUUUGACAGUUUUGGCAACUUGUCCUCUGAGUCUGCAAUAAUGGGCAACCCCAAGGUCAAGGCCCAUGGCAAGAAGGUGCUGAGCUCCUUUGGAAAUGCUGUUAAACAUAUGGAUGACCUCAAGGACACCUUUGCUGAGCUGAGUGAGCUGCACUGUGACAAGCUGCACGUGGAUCCCGAGAACUUCAAGCUUCUAGGCAACAUGAUAUCGAUUGUCUUGGCAACCCACUUCAGCAAGGAGUUUACCCCCCACAUGCAGGCUGCUUGGCAGAAGCUGACUGCUGCUGUGGCGAAUGCUCUGGCCCACAAGUACCACUGA